AUGUCUGAAAAGGACGCUGUAGAUUUUGAUGAAGGGUGGAAAACACUGCAAUUAAGUCUUAUUUCAAAGUUGGAAGAUGUUUUGGACCGUGAUUUCGACCUCUGCAACCCGCCUAGACGGAUAUUUUCAGUUAAGCAGCAGACAACUCACUACACUAUAGUGUACAACAUGUGCACGAGGAGAGAUGGUAGCUACGAGGAGAUUUUAUAUCGCAGGUACAGGGAGACAAUUGGGAGUUUUUUGCGUAGGAAGCCGUUUUUGGAGGCUAGUGAGGAACCUAUGAGAUUGAGGAUGGCCAUUGUCUGGACCAAAUUCAAGACGUACAUACGUGUAUUGGGGGCUGCUUUUAGCUACCUGGACCGAUUUUACGUAGAGUUAUACGGGCUUAUGGAUUUGAAUGGGCUGGCAAUAUUGCAAUUUAGGAAGUUAUUCAUGGAAUACAGGGAUAUGUUUUCAAGCAGUAUAAUUGAGAAAUACGAUAAUUUGAGGGAAUUACCGGCAGUCGAUGAAGCACAGCAUAUUGAUUUAAGCGUUUCACUGGAAAUUUACAAUGCAAUAGACCCCGAUAAUGUAUUAUUCAAGAUGGAUAUUGAGAAGGUUUUGAUUGAGAGAACAAAUGAUUAUUAUGAUAAAAUAUCUCGUAUUUGGAUUUAUGAAUAUCCUUUAGAGGAUUAUAUGGUAAUAUUCAAUGAAAUUCUGGCCCAGGAGUUGGAUCGUUGUAAAUUGUUUUUUCACGAUAAAGUUGUAGAACCUCUCCGUGAUGCGAUCGUUACAUGUAUGGUAAAAAACAGGUUGGAAAGAAUAAAAAGUAAGCUAUUCGAUUGUCAAGAUAUCACUGGACUGGAUAAUGCAUUACUUUACCAGACUUUGUCAUUGCUACCAGAAGGUAUUGAGCUAAUUGGAAGCUAUUUGAUCAAGCAAAUGCAAAGUGAAACUGAAUUGGUCAACGUUGAUAAAAUGACAGACAUUUCUGUUGUUCACUGGGUGCUGGGUUUGUCUGAUAAGUUUGGGAAGAUUGUAGACCAUUGUUGCCUUGCCGAUAAGGCAAUCCACAAAUCAUUCAAUCGAGGCAUAGAAUGGGUCCUAAAUCAUAAAAUUGACUCGCAAAAGUCUGCAAAAUAUUUGGCUACAUAUGCAAACCGCCAAAUACUAAAAAAUUGUGGCAUUGGGGAUGUAAUGUCCCUAUUCCAUCGUCUAAAGAAUAAAAGAGCAUUCAUCGAACACUAUCGGUAUUUUCUAGCAGCAAGGCUAUUGAAUAAUUCUCCAUUAGACAGGGAAGUUGAUGCUUAUAAUCUGCUGAGCAAGAUGGCGGGCAGCAGGAGCACAGCAGAAAUUCAUGGUAUGAUCCAAGAUAUUGACCAUUCUAACACAAUAUCUAGUGGAAUUACAACUGAUGAUGUUUACUUUAAGCCAUAUUGCCUAUCCAGUGACUACUGGUCUGACUUUGACCAGGCAAUCAAAUACCCCAGUUCCAGCGUGACCGUAUACCCUGAGCUCCACAGGCAGAUGGCCCACUGUGAAAAACACUACCUAUCCAACCUGAAACAUCGCACCUUACGUUGGGUUCCCUCUCUGAGUCAAAUAACCCUAACCAGUGACAAUUUAGAAAUAGAGUGUAACCUAGUACAAGCAACUAUACUGCUCCAUUAUGCUGACAAUGUAACCACUAUUAAUGACAUUGCCGCGCUUAUGGACGUGCAGACCGAAUAUGUCACCUAUGUCAUUCUCAACAUGAACAAGAAAUGUAAUAUUUUUGCGGUAAAUGGCUCAAAAUUACAGCUAAACUCUGUGACAGGGAGCCUGUGUUUACUUGAUGAUCUUAAUCACGGGCUAGCGGUUGCAUGCGACACUUGUGAUGAUUCUAUGUCAAUUGACGCAGCAAUUAUCAGGUCUCUAAAGGCCUCCAAGACUCUAAGAUUGGGUCAAAUUAUACGCAGCGUACAAGCCAAUUUGUUGGAGCCUUUAGCGCCGGAAGUAAUUAUGGAGCGAAUUGAGUCAAUGGUUUUAUCUGGGCAAAUUGGGCAUGCACCGCCCGAUCUUUACCAUUAUUCGUGA